ACUUACAAGGUUUUAGUCGGGAUACACUGGCAGUGUCAGUGGGGUGAUGAUCUUGGUGUUCCUUAAUGGGGAGGCGGAUGAACCUUUCGAAGACGGCAAUUACGUAAUGGCUGCGGCCAAGAGUCUGGUAGCAGUGUCCAGACAUGCAGCACCACAACUCUUACCGCAACCACCACCACCACUCUCGAAGAUUACUAUGGAUUUCUUUUUUUGCAUACCCAUUCUUAUCGGCUGUAACAAGAAGAUAAAGCCCGAGGGCGAUGAACCACCCAGGAUUUGCCCAAGGUGCCACAAUGCCUCCGUCACACGAGCGAAGUCUCGGACUUGGUUCGAACUUUGCUUUGUACCCUUGGUCCCUCUGUCGACGAAGCACAUCUGGAUUUGCGCCAUCUGUCAAUGGAACAUACCUAUACAACCAGGUUGGGAACCACAGGUUCCGGUGUAUGGCUUCCAACCUGGCGGUCAAGCGCCAUGGGGCGGGCCACCAGUACAUCCGUCGCCACCACCGCCACCAGCUGCAUACCAACAAGGGCAGAAAACGGGGUACAAUGUUUAAUGGUGCCCAGCCAUGAACUUACUUGAACUUACUUUUACUUAUUCAUUGUAUCUUGUAUUCGUUUCACUCUUUGGACAUGUAAACAUAGCCUGUAUUCCAUUUGAUUUCGGACCAUGUACAAUGCUUGAUAUGAUGGUUGUAAUAUAAAUACUAUCUCCUGCCCUUGUUCACUCGGGCCUUCCGUCCGAA